AUGAAACGAACAAAGGAAACCAUUUUUAGAGAGCAUCCUGAUUGGUAAUAAAGAUAAGGUGUUAGUGGUCUGAAAGAAUUUGAUGGAGAAGAUUUAUAAUUUGAUUCUCGUAAUAAAUUCAAUAAGGAUCAAUAAAAACAAUGGAUAUUUGAAUAAAUUGAAGAGAAAAAAAGAAGAUAAGAAUAAGAAAAAGCUGAGGAAAUGGCUUACGCUUAAUAAACAUUAGAAAUUAAUAGAUUUAGAGGAAUGCUAUAAGAUAACUUUGCAUCUAGGAAAACUGAUAUGGGUGUUGCCACAAAACAAACCAAUCUCUAAUUAGCUAAAGAGAAAAAAGAUAAAGAAGAAAGAGAAAAAUAAGAAAAAUUGGCUGCAGAACGUGCUGAAAGAGAUUUAUUACUUGAACGUGGUAGAAAGUAACCAUAUAAUGGAUGAUCAUUAUUUAAUAUGUUUCAUCUUUUUAAGCAUCAUUACUUAUAAUAA